UGCGCAGGCGCUGUGUGAAACGAGGACGAAACAGGAAGACGUGUGAAUGUAUGCUCCGUUUAUAACGUGCUUGGGAUGAAUAUAUUUCUGGGUAAUUGUGGAAAAGCCUGUAGUUUUUUGACAGUUUUUGUUGUGGCACUUGCCGCUGUUUUUCAAUAUCUGGAGAAUUCAGAGACAGACGAGAUCCCAAGAAUGGAUCUGCAUGCAAUGGCAGAGAAAUACCGGCAGAAGAACAGAACGUGUUUUAUUCUCGGCGCUUCUGGUGAGAGUGGGAAAAUGCUACUGAAAGAAUUAGUUGAGCGCAAACUCUUCUCCAAGAUCACACUCAUUGGACGAAGGCUGUUAACCUUUGAGGAUAAAACCUAUGAAAAUCUGGAGCAAAAGGUGGUUGAUUUCGAAAAGCUGGAGGAGUAUGAAGAGGCUUUUCGGGGUCAUGAUGUGGGAUACUGCUGUCUAGGUACCACCAAAGCCAAAGCAGGAGCUGAAGGAUUUGUGCGGGUAGAUCACGACUACGUUCUCAAGGCAGCAGAACUUGCCAAAGCAGGAGGUUGCUCUCAUUUUCACCUCGAAUCCUCCAAAGGUGCUGACAAAACCAGCAGCUUUCUCUACCUGAAAACUAAGGGGCAAGUUGAAGCGGAAGUCGAGGAGCUCGGCUUUGAGCGCCUCUCCAUUUAUCGACCAGCGGUGCUAUUGGUGGACCGACAAGAGAGCAGGCCAGCGGAGUGGAUGGCCCGGAAAUUUCUUGGUCCAUUCUCCUCUGUUUUUCCUACUGCAAUGUCCAUUCCCUUAACAUCAGUGGUCAGAGCAAUGGUUGCCAACACACUUAAAGAUGCUGAAAAUAAAGUGGAAAUCCUUGAAAAUAAGUCCAUAUACAAUCUUGGGAAAACUGAAUGAAAAUGUACGAUAUUAUCAUUGAUUUUCAAGAAGUGCAAUUAUAGCAUGGUAUGAUUUCUUGAUAAACCAAAAUAUUGUUUUAAUACCAUUUACAGAGACUUGAGCUAUUAACAUGUACAGUUGAAGUCAGAAGUUUACAUUCACCGCCAAAUACAUUUAAACUCAGUUUUUCACAAUUUCUGACAUUUAACUUUAGAAACAUUCCCCGUCUUAGGUCAGUUAGGAUCAUACUUUAUUUUAAGAAUGUGAAAUGCCAGAAUAAUGGAAGAGAGAUUAUCUAUUUCAGAUUUUAUUGGUUUCAUCACAUUCCCAGUGUGUCAGACAUUUACAUAAACUUUGUUAGUAUUUUGUAGUAUUGCCUUUAAAUUGUUUAACUUGUGUCAAAUAUUUUGGGUAGCCUUCCACAAGCUUCUCACAAUAAGUUGCUGGAAUUUUGGCCCAUUCCUCCAGACAGAACUGUUGAAACUGAGUCACGUUUGUAGGCCUCCUUGCCCGCACACGCUUUUUCAGUUCUGCCCACAAAUAUUCUAUUUGAUUGAGGUCAGGGCUUUGUGAUGGCCACUCCAAUACCUUGACUCGGUUGUCCUUAAGCCGUUUUGCCACAACUUUGGAGGUAUUCUUGGGGUCAUUGUCCAUUUGGAAAACCCAUUUGUGAUGAGCUUUAACUUCCUGGCUGAUGUCUUGAAAUGUUGCUUCAAUAUAUCCACAUCAUUUUCCUUACUCAUGAUGCCAUUUAUUUUGUGAAGAGCACCAGUCCCUCCUGCAGCAAAGCACCCAACAACAUGAUGUUGUACCCUAAUGUUUCAUGGUUAGGAUGGUGUUUUUCAAGCCUCACCCUUUUUCCUCCAAACAUGACAGUGGUCAUUAUGGCCAAACGGUUACAUUUUUGUUACCGUUUUGUCAUUUUGUUGGUUACAUUUCUCCAAAAAGUAAGAUAUUUGUCCCCAUGAGCACUUGCGAACUGUAGUCUGACUUUUUUAUGGCGGUUUUGGAGCAGUUUCUCCUUUCUUGUUGAGCAGCCUUCCAGGUUAUGGCGGUAUAGGACUCAUUUUAAUGUGGAUAUUGAUACUUGUCUACCUGUUUCCUCCAGAAUCUUCACAUGGUCCUUUGCUGUUGUUCUGGGGUUGAUUUGCACUUUUCUCACCAAACUACAUUCAUCUCUAGGUGACAGAAUGUGUCUCCUUCCUGAGUGGUUUGAUGGCUGUGUGCACCCAUGGUGUUUAUACUUGCGUACUAUCAUUUGUACAAAUGAACGGGGUACCUUCAGGCAUUUGAAAGUUGCUCCCAAGGAUGAACCAGAAUUGUGGAGGCUUGUCUGAUUUCUUUUGAUUUUCCCAUGAUGUCUAGCAAAGAGGCACUGAGUUUGAAGGUAGGCUUUAAAAUACAUCCACAGGUACACCUCCAGUUCAGUACACCUCCUAUCAGAAGCUAAUUGUCUAAAGGCUUAACAUCAUUUUCUGCUUAAGAAAACAAGCUGCUUAAAAGCACAGUUAACAGUGUAUGUAAACUUCUGACCCACUGGUGUUUGUGAUAUAGUCAAUUAAAAGUGAAACAAUCUGUCUGUAAACAAUUGUUGUAAAAAUUGCUUGUGUCAUGCACAAAGUAAAUGUCUUAGACGUCUUGCCAAAACUAAUAUUAAUAUUAAAUCUGUGAAGUGGUUAACAUUUAUUUUAAUGACUUCAACCUAAGUAUGUGUAAACCUCUGACUUCAACUGUACAUUGUUAAUAACAAAUCCUUUGUAUUACAUAAGGGAGUGUUUCUAUAUCCUCCACAUUGGACUCUAAUGCCUUUUUUUUGGUUACUGUAUGUGAAUCAGGGAAAGAUUAAUUCCAUACUCACUGUUGUGUGUACAGUGAUAUUAAUUUGUGUUUAACUAUGUAAUAUGUAUUUACUUAUAUACCCUGCAGGGUGUCAUGCUGUCAUGACUGAUUGUAAUAGUAAACAAAUAGGUUAUAUGGAAAAAAUAUUAAAUAUCAAACUGGUUUCUGGUCAAAAUAAUUAUUAUCAGUCUUUAUUUCUGUUUAAUAAUCUGGCAACAAAUUACUGAGUGAUUACAUGCUUAUGGGUAGGUAGUUCUGUGCUAACGUUUUCACUUCAGAAAUGAAACGGUUAAAGGCUGAAGUUCACUUCAGAUUUGACUUCAAUUUAGUUACAACCCCAAUUCUGAAAAAGUUGGGACAGUAUGAAAAAUGCUAAUAAAACAAAAAGGAGUGAUUUGUAAAUUAUAUUCACCCUUUGCUAUGUUGAAAGCACUACAACUACAUAUUAAAUUGUUUUACCUUGUGAAUUUAAUUGUUUUUUUGAAAAUGUACAGUCAUUUCAAAUCAGAUGAUUGUAGCAUGCUCCAAAAACAUUGAGACGGGACAAUUUAAGACUAAUUACAAUUUGAUGAGUUAAAAUAACAAGGCGAUGUGAAACAGAUGUUAAACAGGUGAGGCAAUCAUGUCAUAGUAUAUAAGGAGCCUCCAAAAACAGCCUAAUCCUUCAAGAGCAAGGAUCAUUCGAGACUUGUCAAUUUGCCAACAGAUGCUUCAACAAAUAAUCCAGCACUUUGAGAAAAAUGUUCACCAAAGUCAAAUUGGAAGGAUUUUGGUCAUUUCACCCUCUACUGUGCACAAUAUAGUUAAAAGAUUCAAGGAAUAUUAUCAAAGCUUGGUGUGUAAAGGGCAAGACGAAAACCUCUUCUGAAUGCGCAUGAUCUCUGAUCCCUCAGACAUCUUAAAAACAUCAUUCAUCUGUAAUGGAUAUCAUGAAUAUGGGAUUGGGAUUACUUAAGUAAACUUUUAUUAGUCAACACCACUCGCCGCUGCAGCCACAGAUGCAAGUUAAGACUUUACUAUGCAAAGCAGAAGCCAUACAUCAACACUGACCAGAAGUGCUGCUGACUUCUCUGGGCUCGGUCUCAUCUUAGAUGGAAAGUAGAACAGUGGAACUUUUGGUACAAAAAAAAAAAAAACACAUUUCAAAAUGUUGAAAAGUGUCAAAAAUCCAAAAGCAAGUAUGGCAUGGGUAACUUGCACAUCUGUGAGAACACCAUGAAUGAAGACAAACAUGUACAAAUUUUGGAUCCAUCCAGCACCAUCUUUUCCAGGGACGUCCCUGGAAACCUCAAACCACAUACUGCCCAGAUUUCAAGUGUAGAGAGUGUGGGUGCUAGAUUGGCCUGCCUGCAGUCAUGACCAUCUCCAAUUGAGAAUGUGUGGCGCAUUAUGAAGCACACCAUACAGCAAUGAAGACCAGCUAAAGACCUACAUAAUGGAUAAAUGGGGGAAAAUUCCACUUUCUAAACUUGACAAACUUGUGUCUUCAGUGCCUAAAAUGCUUAAUGUGCUAGAAGAAAUGAUGAGGUUUCACAAUGGUAAAUACUCAACUGUCCCAACUUUUUGGGGCAUGUUGCAAUCAUCUGAUUUAAAAUAACCGUACAUUUAAAAAAAAAAAAUCAGAAGGAAAAACAGAACUGAAUGCAUAGUUGUAGUGCUUUCAAAAUAGAAAAGGGUUGUUGUUUUUAUUAGGGACCAAUUACGCCCUACUAUGAUUAGACGGACCUUCAUUUGUUUACUUUUUGCCAUAUCAACACUAUUUAGUGAAAACAAUUGCAGGAAGAUAUCGUCAUAACGCCAUAAAGGGUUUUCA